GAAUCCCUGGUGGAUCAGGUGUCCAGCUGGAUCAAGGAGAAGCGAGCCAAACGAAGCCAUCGCAAAGCGAGUCGGAAAGCCGAAGAUGAUAGUGCACCGGCCAGUCCGACUUCGAUGGUUCCCGUGAAUGGAAAAGAAUCUCGGCCAAGGCGCGGAUCACACGCCUCGGACACAUCACUCGACUUGGAGAAACUUGAGCGCAUCGUGAAGCAAACUCUACAUCUCAGGCGCUCUUCCGCACGGAAAAUUCCACACUUCAGACGAAAGUCAUCUGCCCGCAAACUGCUUAGAAAGCCGUCCAGCGCAUCGGAUACAGAAUAUUUUGAGGGAGAUGUCCUGGUGCCGACUUGCGAUGUUGUGCUCGACAACUCCAAGACUCUUUCCUACACGGGUGGUGCAUCGGAUGUCUCGGAUGAGUCGGGUGAGGAGGAAUUGAAGCGUGUUGGCUCGGUCCGUGACAAUGAUGCAUGGUCGAGAUUCAAGUUUGAGAUUGUGCGCCUCUCACACACGUUGCGUCUGAAAGGUUGGCGGAGGGUCCCGUUAGAGAUGUGCGGCUCGGUCGAGGUCCAGCGUCUCAGCGGAGCGCUGACGAAUGCAGUAUACGUCGUUUCUCCACCGGAAGAUCUGCCGCUGCAGAAGGAGGACGGAACCACUGCCAAGCCUCCACCAAAGUUGCUGCUUCGCAUUUACGGUCCUCAAGUCGAGCACUUGAUCGAUCGUCAGGCGGAGCUCGCGAUUCUCCAACGCCUGGCCAGGAAGCGAAUCGGGCCAAGAAUGCUGGGAACAUUCGCCAAUGGCCGAUUCGAGGAGUUCUUCCACGCCGAGACACUCACACCUGAAGAUUUGAAAGAUGCCAGCACGAGCCGCCAGAUCGCCAAGCGCAUGCGCGAGCUGCACGAUGGCAUCGAGCUGCUGGAUCAAGAACGCGAUGACGGUCCUUUUGUGUGGCGCAACUGGGACAAGUGGUUACAGCGGGUCGAGCAGAUCGUCACCUGGAUGGACUCACAAAUUGCGGCACAAGACCCGAACACGAAGCCCACCGGUUCAAAGGCAUGGAUGCGCCGUGGCUACAUCUGUGGAGUGCCCUGGCAGCAAUUCAAGGCGGUCGUUGAGAAGUAUCGCGCAUGGCUCAAGGCGCAAUACGGAGGCUCCAAGCACCUCCGCGAGCAGCUCGUCUUCGCCCACAACGAUACUCAGUAUGGCAACAUUCUGCGUCUUGUACCCGCUGGCAAAUCGCCACUGCUCCUCCCUGCCAACAGCCACAAGCAGCUCGUUGUCAUCGACUUUGAGUAUGCCUCUGCCAACACACCUGGUCUCGAAUUCGCCAACCACUUCACAGAAUGGUGCUACAACUACCACGACAAGCGCAAACCCUACGCCUGCAACACAAACACCUACCCGACACCCGAAGAACAAGACCGCUUCAUCCGCGCCUACGUCCGUCACCGUCCACAAUUCAACGCCGCGACCGACACACCUCACAUGACUCCCGUCGGCACACCCGACUCCGCUCGACCCGCCGACCUCGCCCGUCGCUCCACCACCAGCAUCUCCGACUUCAUGCUCGACGCUCGCGUCCCGCCCGGCUCCUCAUCCACCAACCUCGCUGCCGAAGCCGCUACCAAAUCCGCCGAAGACGCCGAGGUCAAACACCUCAUGCACGAAACCCGCAUGUGGCGCCUCGCCAACACGGCGCAAUGGGUCGCGUGGGGAAUCGUGCAGGCCAAAGUCCCGGGCAUGCCGCUUUUCGACCCAGACUCGCCUGCAUCGGAACUGUCGCAGGGUGAGGACGUGGCGAAGGAGAUUUUUGGCGAGGAUGGAUUGGCGAUGCCGAAGGAGGAGGAUGGCGAGGAGCAGGAGGAGGAGUUUGAUUAUCUUGGGUACGCGCAGCAUCGGGCUAUGUUCUUUUGGGGAGAUGCGGUGCAGUUGGGGUUGAUUGGGGAGGAGGAGUUGCCUGAGGAGGUUAGAGGGAAGGUCAAGACGGUGUUGUAUUAG